AUGUUCUACCUGAUCUUCUCACUGCUCCUGAUCUCCAUUAUCGACAAAUCCGAACAAGUUCAAUGCUACGGUGGCGAUCAAGAAGUUGGCGGAACUCAAAACGAGGAUUUCGUGGAUUAUAAUUGUCCAUCUCUGUGGUCCUGUUUCAUCUUGAUUCAGCAGCGAAAAUUAGCGGGGUCCGGUGAAAAUGGGACCAUGUUGGUGAUGAGAAAAGGGUGUGUGGAGAAGGCGGUGGAGGUGGAUUUUGAUGGAGCGGUAAGCCACGUGGCAGAGCUGAAAUUCAUUUGAAAAUUGCGAUUUUUUCAGCCCUCCUGCUUCAAUUUUGAUUUCACCAACUCUUCCUCCGAAAUUUUCAGCAAUGAUUUCAGAUGUACUUGCAGCAAGGUCGGUUUUUUGCUCUGAAAAUGAUAUCUGAAAUUAUAUUUUGUAGGAUUUCUGCAAUGGUGGAGAUGAGCCGAGUUCGGCUAACUCGAUUUUUGGAUUUUUUGGGUGUUUAUUGAUUAGUGUUGUCAUAAAUUUUUAA